AUGGAAAUCCCGGAGGCUGCUGGUCAACGGUUCCUAGCCGCUGUGGAUCCGUGUAGCAACCAUCAGAUUGCCAAAAUCAUCAAGGAGAACUUCUCUGACCUGGCAAGUAGACUUCAUGAGCAGGUCGCUGUUCCCAACACUGGAUCGCGCUUUAUGGUUGACACUUCGCCGAUGAAGAUUCUCGGGAUUUCUUUCAAGCCACUAAAGGAUAGCGUUAUUGAUACUGUGAGCAGCGUGCUUGAGCGUGGAUGGCCUGCUCAGCAGAGACUAUGCCUCACCGUGUUACGGAAGUUAUCAAGUCCGAAAGCUCACGCGCUGGUAUUUAAGAUGAUUUGUAUGGAAUCGAUGCUCGGGAGUAGCAGAAAACUAAUAUUCGCGCCUUCCGAAAACCUGUAG